UGCACCACUUUCACCCACACCUGCAACGUUUUGUGGGCCCCCCAUUGAUAAAUAAGCCAUAAAUUUCAAGUGUAUUUGAUAAAAAUCGACGAAUUUGUUGAUGUUUUGCCGCCAGGUUAAUCUUUUUUGCAUCGUAAGCAUUUUAUAUGGGUCUGUGAAGUCAUUUACCUUGAGUCUUGUGGUCUUGGCACAAACAUUAAGGUGAAAAGUGAUGAUUUAAUGCUGAUAAAGAUGGAUUCUUCAGGUUCAGAUCAACCAAACUCAAUAUGUCACAUCCAGUCUAUCCACAUGUACACCCUCCAGCACCCAGACCCACCAAAACCGCCACCCUUCAGCCUUCUUGUCGGCGAAAUGAUCAUUAAUUCCGGUAACUCCGUGGACGGAACGAUUGUCGUUACAAAUUACCGCUUAUAUUUGGAAAACGGCGAAAACCAGUAUCAUAUUCCUUUAGGUCUCAUCGAGACUAUCGAGAUAAGGGAACUGUUUUAUCUGCAGCUGUUUUGUAAAGAUGUUAGGACCUAUAGAUGCACUUUUGAAAAUAACGAGCACGCGUUGGAAUGGUAUGAUAAGAUCAGCAAAGCUGCUAAUACCCCGCGACAGAUUGAACAGUUGUUCGCUUUUUACCACUGCGUGUGGACCAAAGAGAAGGGAGGAGAAGAAGCUGCUCUCAGAAUUGCUUCACAAAGGAAGUAUUCAUUUGACAAGGACAUGUUUGAAAACGAAAUGACCAGAAUGCAGUUUCAAGGAGAUUCAUGGAGAAUCACUAAGGCAAAUGAAAACUAUAAAGUAUGCCCCACUUAUCCUCCUUAUUUAUUGGUUCCAUCUUGUAUAAAUGACGAGAUGCUAGAAAGUGUGGCGAAGUUUCGGAGCUCCCGGAGGAUACCUGUGGCCGUUUGGAGACAUACUAGAAAUGGCGCGAUUAUCGCUCGCUGUAGCCAACCGGAAGUCGGGUGGUUCGGUUGGAGGUCAAGCGACGAUGAAGAUUUACUGAAAGCCAUUUCUGAGGCCUGUAAUUUUGAUAGAAACUUAAGGGGAAGGACCAGUAGCACUAGCGAUAAGGAGUCGACCCUAAGUCAUUCUCCUGGGUCACUGCAUUCGGACGAAUCGUUGCAGAUCACAGGAGAAGUUGUGCAACAGGAGAAAAAGCUUUUAAUAAUGGACGCAAGAUCAUAUACAACAGCGGUGGCGAACAGAGCGAGAGGCGGCGGCUGCGAAUGUCCAGAGUAUUAUCCGAACUGUGAAAUUCAAUUCAUGAACUUGGCCAACAUUCACUCGAUUAGAAAGAGUUCGCACGCUCUGCGGCAGCUUUGCAUGUCCUCGGCCGAACAACCAAAUUGGUUUAGUCUUCUGGAAGGCACUCGCUGGCUUAUCCAUAUGUCCGGCCUGAUAAAAGCCGCAGUAAUACUCGCCACUGCGGUGGAAAGAGAUGCCAGACCGGUUUUGGUGCAUUGCUCGGACGGAUGGGAUCGAACGCCUCAAAUCGUUGCUUUGGCUGAACUUUUAUUGGAUCCUUAUUAUAGGACCGUUGACGGAUUUAGAGUACUGAUUGAAAGAGAAUGGCUGGCUUUCGGACAUAAAUUCGCCGAUCGUUGUGGACAUUCCGGGGGUAGUGAAGAUCUUAAUGAAAGAUGUCCGGUGUUUUUGCAGUGGCUGGAUUGUGUACAUCAACUCAUAACACAAUUCCCGGUUUCCUUUGAAUUUUCACACAACUACCUGAUAAAACUGGCCCAACACACUUACUCGAACCUCUUCGGCACUUUCCUCUGUAACACACAGAAGCAACGCUCCAAAGUGGUUUACGGACGUACGUUUACCGUAUGGGAGUUUUUGAACGGCUCCUGCUUUAGGAAUCACUUGUACACGCCUCCCCAGAGUACAGUUUCGGCCCCAAGGGUUUUGUGGCCUAAAACGAACGUUCGAGACCUGCGACUUUGGUCUGAAGUCUACUUGGGUUCGAUGGAGGUGAAUUUUAAUCCCGAAGAGGAAGGAUCGGGGGGUGCUUGUCCAGGACCGCCCGAAAUCAACGGCCACGUCAUGUCGAAAACCAGGUCUUAUGGGGAUUUAAUGAGCGCCGACGGCUGUCAAGCGAGUUAUUGCGGAAGGAGAAGCAGCGAUCCCAAUAUUAACAGAGAUCUUAAAUUAGCGUUACAAGACCGUCCCCCAAACUCACCGAACGCAAAAAACCACCACAAACCGACCACCCAUCCAGGUCCAGAAUUCAUUUCUGAUUUCGUUCCUAGCGAUUUGGAGGAUAACCCGCCCGAAUGCGAUCGGGAUUUUAUAUUUCGCUUCAGUCCACCGAACAACAGCGCCAACCUGACCGACGACCAGAUCGACGGAUUGAGUUUCGAUCGCGAAGAGAGUCCCGAGCUUAGUCGACCCGACGACAAAACAACAAACGGUUUGGAGGGCAUUUUUUUAGGAGACGACUGCGAGAGCGACAAAGAGAGCGUGAAGACUGAGAAGGAGAGCGCGGAGGCGAACAACAAUUCGCCGUGUAAUAGGAGCGAUUCGUCGGAUAACAACAGCAUUUCGCGGGAGUUGGAGAUGAAACUGUGCAAGAUGGAUGAUCAGAUGGAGAGGUUGAGGGGACUAGAGAGAUCGGUGGAGACUAGCACUGAGACUUUGGUGUCUGAUCAGCAGUUUGUCGGGUCAUUACCAAACGAUUUUGAGAAAGUCCAAAGACCUGUAGAUACUGUAGAUAGUACAGAGGAACAUUGUAAAACUUGUAGUCAAGGUGUAAACACUGUCAAUAGUAAUUGUAGAUAUCAAUCAAGCGAUUCGUCGUCCAGCAUAAACGGUUGGCCUAAAUAUUUGUAUAGUCAUACGCGUAAUUCAAAGUACAAAGGUCGCAUUAGUAAUUGUCACUUGGGCGAUGAUGGCCUUAUACCUGUAAGAUCACUGGUCCAAGAAAGGCUUGACCAGAUUAUUGAAGAGCACCGGCGUAAAGUGGAACAACUUGAAAAGGAACUUCACGCCUCCAGACAGAUCCUGAUUAAGCAGGCGUGUCAUCGAUGUCAAAAUGGUGACGGGGAAAGACACGACGAUAAUGGUUCACUAGCAGAAUCACUAAAUAGCGUAAGCGAGGGGCACGGUUCCACCGGCGAAUCUCUUCGGUCCGACAUGUCCUGGGUGGACGUGGAGGAGGGCGUCUUAGCGGACUGUCAGGGGACGCUCUGGGUGCCCGAUCACGCGGUCAGUCGUUGCACCGGAUGCGGCACGGAGUUCUGGUUGGGCCGAAGACGACACCAUUGUAGAAAAUGCGGCCGUAUAUUUUGCGCCGAUUGCUCCGAACACGCCACCCCUUUACCCUCCGAGCAACUGUACAAUCCGGUACGCGUGUGCACCGGCUGCUACACCGAACUGAAACGUCCUGCGCCAUUCGGCAUGGAAUCGAGUUGCUCCCAACCGAUUCCGGAACGAUGCAGACGGGGCGACGGACAACAAACGAGCACCUCCAGGAUUCACACUCAGAUUUCCGCUUCGAGUAAUUAAUAAUUAAGAGGGUACGUCGUCCACGGUUGAUUCAGUUGUGAUACAGAGAAAUCGGUCUAUAGGUAGAAAUAAAUACGACUGAUUGUAUCUUUUUUUUUUUUUGUUUUGUUUACGGUUGCCUGGUUGAUUUUAAGAGAUGACGAUAAUUAGGGGGACCGUUUGUUGUAAUAAACUCUAGUUUGAGAGUAGAAAAAUGCAUUCAUUAUCACAAAAGACCGAUUUCUUAUUGCAAAAUUAAGAUAAAAACUGCAAUGUUUGCCUUUUAAAGGUGUCAGAGGCAAAAUGUGUCAAUCAACAUUAACGAACAAAUAUAUCUUUUGAGUAUUUUAUUAUCUUAGUUUUGCACAUAAUUUAUGAAGUAUUUUAGUGCACAUGACAGGCUGUGACGUACCAUAUGUUACACCAUUUGUAUGUAAAGUUAGAUUUUAUAAAAUGGAUUCGUAGCUUUGUGCUUUUCUAUCAUGUGGACUGAAACGUUUCCCAAACGAGAUCGGGGUACAAAUGGUUUGAUUCACCCAUUAUCCAGCUAGCAAAAUAAUUUUUACUUGUGGAAACAUUGCAUAGGUUUAUUUUUUCUUGAUAAUUAAAGGAGUGAUUUAAUCUAACACCAUAUUCCAGUCCUUAGGGCAUUUUAAGGAAAUUUUAUAAUAUCAGCUGAUAAAUGAUUAUUUCAUUUUAGAAAAAAAUGGUUUUUUGGCACAGUAAUUAAACAAAAUGCAAUAUUUAUAUAUUUUAUUUUUAUUUAUAUAUUAUAUUUACCUUUUGAUUCAAUGCAUAAUUUUUAAGUACAUCUCAAUUAAAGAGCAUUGCAAUAUUUUUUAAGAUUAUUUUAAACCCUUUUCAAGAGAUGUUAUAUAAUACCCAGUAUACUUCUUUGAUUUAGGUUUAGUAGUCUUUGAGAAUUUUCAUUCCUAAAAAACUUCAAUACUUCAGAUUUUUUUUCAAUUACUCUGAACCUUUAAUUUAAAAUAUUUCUUUCAUAUAGCAUCACAUGUCUUACAUUACUUUUUUUUAUAAAAAAAAAGCCUUGGUAUUUAAAAGAAGCACUUGAGUUACUAAAUUCAUCAUAAAGCGCAGUGAAACCUCUAUAAUUCGAAUUCCAAGGGACUGCUAAUUUGCUUCGACUUAUAGAAAUUUCGAGUUAAAAAUUAGUUUCGUCUCAAUAAAAACAAAACUAAUGACCUGAAGAAAGAUUUAUAAAAAAGAAAUACAAAAACUUAUUUUAAGAUCAAAUUAAACAACUUAAAAACAAAAAAAAAAUGCCUUUGAAUAUAAAACGUUCUGUAGCAUUGGUUUUUUCACAUGUUCAUCAUUUGUAGGAAUACAGCCAUCUGCUGCAAGUCCUGUUACAAGAAGAAUAACUUUCGUAUUUUUUUAUCUAAACUAUCUACACCUCUCUUGGUCAUAUAGUAAUCGGAAAUAUUUUCGGGCUUUCCGGUAUCUGGAUCAUCUUUAGGCGAAGUCAUGGUCAUAUAAAUAACACACUCUUAAAUCGAUGCUUUAAAAAUGAUAAAACACAAAUUCUUCAUAAUUUCUUUUUAUAUUUGGGUUAUAUUUAGUUAGUAAACUAAAACUAGAACAAUAUUUCUACAUUAUAAAAAAAUAUUUUAAAAUUAAAAAAAAAAUGCUGGUAACAACUGGUAAUGCAACUAAAUAUCACAUUUCAAUUAAAAAUAUAUUUACCAAAAAAAAAUUAUAUAAUAUAGGAAAACCUUUAUUUUUUAUUACAGCCCCUAGUCUGGUUGGUAAUGAUAUCAUCAAUUUUUCGCAAUAUCUUGCUGGAAUUUAAAACCAUGCUUUCCUGAAUCCAUGCCUAAGUUUGUCCAGAUUUGAUGGGUUCAGAUCAUUAAUUUGAUUUUUACAUGUUCCCACAGAUUUUCUAUAGGGUUUAGAUCGGGGCUUUGUGAAGGCCAUUCUAAAACAUCUACCAUAUUAAUUCUGUUAAUCACUUUUUUAUUAGCCUUGCAGAGUAUUUGGGGUCAUUAUCCUGCAUACAUUUUCACGCGAUAAACGGAAUAAACUCCUCAGUAUAGGGUUCCAUUACAUUUUGCAGGAUGUCCUUGUAAACAUAUUGUGCCAUGUAUUCUACAAGGUGUCCAAAGAGGGUAUCAGCAAUGUGAUGUUUGCAUAAACCAAAUACACCAUAUUUCUAUGAUCAUUUAUUUAUAGCAAAUUAAUGUACAGUCAAUGGAAAUUUAUGAACCAAAAACAAUUUUAUCUAAAUGGUGUCCGUUGCGCUGUAUGCACUCUUCAAAUCGAGAACGAAGAUUAUUGAUAACCCGUCCACACAUUUCCCUUGAUAUUAUUUGCUCCUGGAUAUUUUGCUUUAAUUGAUUUGUAUCAGCUCGAUUAUUCUCGUAGACCUUACUUUUGAGGUAACCCCAUAAGAAAUAAUCAAGUGGCGACAGAUCCGGGCUCCUAGGAGGCCAGUUAAUAUUGCCUCUUCUUGAAAUGACUUUAUUGGGGAAUAAUUGUUGAACAGCUUCAAUUGCUCGAUUUGACGUAUGGCAUGUCGCACCAUCCUGCCGAAACCAGGUUUCUAAGUUAAAACCUUGAAACCGUCGGAGAGAUAGUGCAAGAAAAUCUUGUAACAUUGCACAAUACCGCUCGGUAUUAACGGUAAGUGCCCGUCCAUUUUGAUCUUCAAAAAAAUACGGUCCAAUUAUGCCAUCAGCAGACAUAGCAGCCCAUACGACCACUUUGGGGCUAUGCAGUGGACGUUCGUGUUUUCUGCGAGGUUUAACGUCAGACCAGUACCUGCAAUUUUGCUUAUUUACGUGGCCAUUUACGUGAAAAUUAGCCUCAUCACUGAAUAAAAUGUUAUUGAAAUCGACGAAUCGUUCCGUCAUUUCAUUGACAAAUUCUAACCGUGUAUUGUAAUCCCUCGGUUUUAAUUCCUGCACUAACUGUAUCUUAUAUGCAUGCAGAUGCAAGUCUUUGGUCAAAAUGUUAUGUAAAGAUGAUCUUUUGAGAGAUAAGGUUGGAUUCUCUCUGACUGAUUGACGUACUCGUUCGAUGUUUUCUGCACUUCUUACGAUUCGUGGGCGGCCUAGAUUAUGAAUUUUCACUGUGGAUCCAGUAGCUUCAAACAUUCUGAUCCAUUUCCUAAUAACAUCAGGGGUAGGUGAUAAUUGAAUAUCAUGAAAUUGGUAAUGAGCGCGAUAUAUACGGCGUGCUGUCACGGUUGAAUGAUUGUUUUGGUAAAAUAAGCACGUACACAAAAAGCGCGUUGCUCUCAGGUAAACGGCUCCAUUGCAACUGAAAUUCCUUGAACCCGUUUAAAUUUUGACUCCCACCGUAAGUGGCGGCGUUGCCACGUCUGAGAUUAAAUGCACAAAUAAAGUGCUGAUACCCUAUUUGGACACCUUGUAUAAAUAAGCCCACCCUCGCCAUGACAUGGCACCCCAGAUCAUGAUUGACCCUCCAGCGUGCUUAACGGUUUGGAUUGUGUAAAGUGGAUCGAAUGGACGGUUUGGGGGACGCCUCACAUGGCAUUUUCCGAGUCUGUUUAUUUUAGUUUCGUCACCUUAUAGAACGCUUUUCCAAAAAUUCACAUUUUUAUUUAGGUGCUGACGAGUAAACGUUAAUCUUUUUUGAUAUUUCUUUUGGAAACAAGCGGUUUUUUUUCUCGCAGUGCAGCCCCUAAGGUUUACUUCGCACAACCUUCUUCUUAUGGUUCUUGCCAGUAAAUUAAUGCCAUAAAAUGCCUUCGUAUUUGGCUAGAACUUAAAAAUGGAUUGAACUUACUUAUUCGUUGAAUUAUUUUGUUCAUAUAUCCAGACGUUUUUCGAGGACGAGGAGCGCAGUUUUUAUUUUCUAGGCUUUGUAUGCUUCUGUAGAGCUUCAGGGUGUUAUACACCAUUUUUCUGUAGCAAACUAAAUAUUUAGCAAUGGCAGAUAUAGAUAAACCAUUAUUUUUUAGUUUAACUAUGAGUUCCCGAUUUUUUCGGCCACAAUGUUUCUUUCUACCCUCUUAAAAAAAGGCAGUUUAGUGAAUAUUUUAAUACUCUAAAUAAAGCACAAACUACUUACUUGGAGUGACAAUUAUUUGAAUAAAAUUUAAAUAGUGUGUUAUUUAUGUGUCCACCGAAAAAGAAUCUAACUUGCAAUAAAUUUUUAUAUGUAAGAAAUAUCAGAAAAUAUUUGCUGCAUUUUUUUACUUAUAAAGAGAUAAAAAGACAAAUAUUUUGAUAUUACUCAUUUUUUGUUUUAUUCUUGAAAAUAAUAUUAUAUACAAGGUGUGCUAUUUAUAUGACCAUGACUGUAUAUACAGUAUCGGACAAAAAUAGAGCGACGAUACAGUUUUUUUCUUUUAUUAAAAAAGCAAAAACGCAAGAAGAAUUAAAACUCAAUAAAACAAAUACACUCAUUAAUAAACAUAUAUUUAUUACAUAACAUACCAAAAUUCCGUAUAAACAAGAUCAUAAAAAGAAAAAGAAAAGUUAAAUAUUUCUAUACGACAAAAAUUAAGCGACGCUUACAAUAAAAAAAAAGAAAACAUUAUCAGAUUGCGUCCUUAAUAUUUAGUCCACAAGCCUUUAUUUGCGAUUACCUGGCGGCACCUUUGAGGCAUGGAAGAAAUUAAAUUAUCAAUUAUAUCUUGAUCAAUAUUUUUCCAUAUAUUUUUAAUUUCUUCAAAAAUGUACUCUUUGUUUUUAUAGGUUUUACUUCUAAGUUGCCUAUCCACAAUUUCCCACAGGUUUUCGAUCGUGUUAAGAUCGGGCGAUUGGGCUGGCCAUUUAAGAAUGGCUAUUUUAUUUUCAUUAAACCAUUCUUUUAUACAUUUUGCUGUAUGUUUUGGAUCAUUGUCGUGUUAAAAAACAAAAAGUAGUGGCAUAUUCCAUUCCGGAUAAGGUAGCAUGACAUUUUCAAGGAUAUAUUUAUACUUAAACCUAUCCAUAAUGCCCUCAAUUUGGUAAAUUGAUCCCAUUUCAUAGCCAGAGAAACAACCCCACACUAACACGUUGCCACCUCUAUGUUUUACAGUACCUUGGACAUACUUUGGGUCAAGUCUUUUACCUGCAAUACGACGAACAUAUUGAACACCAUCACUUUUAUACAAAUUAAACUUUGACCCAUCACUAAAAAGUACUUUUUUCCAUUGCUCUGGUGUCCAGUGAGCAUGUUGUUCUGCAAACAGAAGACGUGCUUUAAUAUUCUUCUUACUAAGAAGCGGUUUUUUGGCAGGUUUGCAUGCUUUUAAGCCUGCUUCAACUAGUCUGCGCUGUAUCGUUCGAGAGGAAACAUUAGAGCCCCCAGCUUCAGCCAGAAUUUGCUUUGCUGACAGAAAAGGAUUUGCCUGGGAGAUCCUUUUAAUUUUUCUAUCCAGUUUCUUUGAAGUUUUUCUCGGUCUACCCGUCUGUUUUCGUUUAACUACUUUUCCUCUAUUUCGAUAGUUCUGAAUGGUCCUCGACACAACAGAUUUUGAAACCCUUAGUUCUUGUUUUAUUACGUAUUGUCGUGUUCCCAUCUUAUACGAUGCAAUAAUUCUUUCUUUAAGAUCAAUAGAAAAACUUUUACCACGAGGCAUUUUUAAACAAAAUAUAGAUUUGAUACCGACCAAAACCGAUGUUUAUCUACUAAUGGUAUGAACAAUAUCGAUCAAGUCGCUUUAUUUUUGUCCAUGAAAAAAUGCAUAAAAACAUACAAGAAUUUACUAAUCUUUUGCUAUUCAUCACAAGAGGCAAAGAAUGUUUAAAUACGAUUAACAAAGGUAUGUACUGAUACUACAAAAUUGUUCCUAAUUAUACGAGGUACAGUCACAAAGUUUUUUAGGAAUAUUAUAGCGUCGCUUAAUUUUUGUCCGAUACUGUAAGUCCUAAUAUUAUCUAUAUUUAAGUAUUCUUUUAUGAAUUCUUUAACUUAGUACAUAAUACCUACUAUUUUAAAUCGUAAUCUCUUACAGUAGAAAGAAGAAGAAUUUUUUCAUUAAUAAGUCGUGACUUACGACAUCAAAGGCUUUACGCAGGUCAAUGAAAACAGCAACAGUUAUAUUUCCCAAAUCCAGGUUGUUUGCAAUUAGAUUAAUUAAUGUUUGUGCUUAAAGUGCUACUAUUUUGAAUUGUUCCUUUGAAUCCAUAUAACUUACUACCAUUUUUUUUCUGGCAAAAAAGAAACAGGGAUCAUCAGCUUGUUCUUUUUCAAUAUAACCAAAACUGUUAUUUUCCUUAGUUAGUAAGUUCUAAAAUGCUGAACCAAUUAUCUGCUGUCACGUUUCUGUGGGUUUUACUAACCUCACAACAGACUGAGUAGAAACCUGCAGUUUUUUCGCCUGCUGAUAAUUCAUGACUAUCCGAACGUUUUCCGCAGUAAAUCUAUGCAUUAUACAAAUAAUUAUUUCUGUUUCUGUGAGACACAUCCAAGUUCGAAUUAUAGGAAAACGUCAUAACUGAAAAACCAACAUUUGUCAGUAUAACGGUUUAAAGGUUAAUUUUGUUUGUAUUAAUUUCGCAUUCGAAACAAACUAAGAACUUUUGUGUUUUAAAGUUUCAAAGUACUAUUAGAGAUCUAGUUCUAAAUUGACAAACUUGUGGGUUUCUUCUCCAAAUAAAAAUGUAUUGUUAUUUUUUUUCUUUUUAACUUUUGCGUUUUAUUAAAAGAAAUAUUUAAACUUUUGUAAUAAUGAGUCACUAAAAUAAAUUUGAAAUAAAACGAUACAAACAGUAAAUAACAGGCACUUGCACUUAUAAGCCAUUGUAAAAAACUGCAUGCCAUGAGAAAAUUCCUGCGUCAUUUAUGAAAUCUUGAAAAUCGCUUACGUUCACUAAUUUUUAUUUUAGACUUGUAUGCAGGUUCAAGGGUCAGUGAUAUAUUCAAUUUCCUAUGUACCUUUUAUUAAAUGGUAUGAAUCUUCUUCUCUAAAUCUGACUUUUGUUGAGGAAACAUUAAGUAAUCAAAUUCCAGGCAGUUAGAGAAGGAAACAAUAUAUUUCUAUUCUAAACUGCCUGGAAUUAAUAAGAUAAUUUUUUUCUUCCAAGCAUUUGGAGAAGGAGAUUCACCUUUUCAAUUAACAUCCGCUCACUGAUCCAAAUUUCCUUCUCUAAACAUUCGUCUUAAAACCCUUAAGUCUGAGUCUUGAGGAAAAAUACAGUAAUCAAAUUCCAGGCAGUUGGAGAAGGAGACGUCUUUUUUCCAAAUUUGUGUCCUUUUAUCCAUGUUUUAUCAGGAGAUUUAAUAUAUUUUGAUCCUGAACUGAGUGAAAUUAAUAAAAUAAUUUUUCUCUUCCAGGAUCGAUUUUAUUUAUUAAUUUAUUUAUUUCUGUUCGGGAACACAAACAGGCAAUUGCCUAAUUAUUUAAUUACAUUUAAACUGAAAUACACUCUAUUAGCAGACAUCCUGUUUAUUGGUGAAUUUGCAUUAGUAUGAUGCGCAGGAAUCACAAAACCUGGAGUAUUUCUUAAAAUUCUUUGUGGAAUAGCUUAUUGGUAAUAAAUGCAUACAAUCGAUAUUUGCAUAAACUAUUUUGUAUACACAUUAAAUCCCUAUUAAAUCGAAUAAUGAUUCGACGAUGUUCUAAGCAAAGCAAUUUAAAUUAAUUGCGUAGAGUUGCAAAAUUAUCAUAUCGCAUAUAAGAAGAAGGCAAAGACCAGCCGAUUACCAACAUGGUAAAUAAUCAAGCAUGGUAAAUUGUAAUUAAAUUUAUUGUUUUUAAAUUGUUUGUUUUGUCUGGUAAUAAAUCCGAACAUUCUUAAGGCAUUAUUAGUAAUGAAUUCAACAUGUUCAUCAAGCAGCACACCUAGAUCUUUGAUCACUCUUUCAAUUUUUAUUAUAAUCUCAGUUUUGUAGAUAGCGUAAGAAUUGUAAAAAAAAAUUGUCUUUGUCAUGUUGGGUGAAUUAUUAUCUUAUUAGUUACUAAGUCAAUAAUUUUUAUUAUUAUAGAAAUUUUUUUAAGGCUAGACUAGAACUUCGAAUUAUAGAGAUUCGAGUUAAAGAAAUUCGACUUAUAGAGUGUUAAAUAUGUGAACAUUAAAAUGGCACGUAAACGAAUCACGAAAUGUAGAUAAUGUCGACUUACAAAGGUUCGAUUUAUAGAGGUUACACGGUAUUUAAAACGGAAAUGCAAAUACUUUAAUAUUAAAGUGUAAGCUUAGUUAUUUGUCCUUGACAAGUCUUAUAAUAACUUCUUUUCAAAAUCCUAAUUUCAAAAAACUUAGGAUUUCAAUUUCAUUGUUCAGAAAUCAAUAUUUCAGAAUUCAAUAUUUCAAAUUUUAAUCUGCACUUAUAAUUUGAAUAAAAAAAUACAAUGAAGUAUUAUAUCUAUUUAUGAAAAUGGGCAAAACAGUAUUUCAAUAGAAAGUGAACCCAUAUGAUCUAACAACUUGUGUGAACGAAAUCAUAUUUUAUAAAAUUACGUUGCUAGCUGGGUUAGAAGAGUAGUGAUGUAUGGGAUGCAAACGUCUCUCCAAAAAUUACCGGCUAUAGGGAUUUCGAUGUAAAAUGGUUCGAUUACAAAAAAAAAUUAAACAAAUUAUGGUUAGUGUUACUUUUGCAAUGGUUGUAUUAUUGUAACCAAGAGGGAGAAAUUUACCUCACCGAGAAAUUUAAUUUAUUCUGGCAUAAAUAGUGUCUGUUAGUGCUCUCUUUAUUGCGUUAUAUAUGUGAUAUUUUUUCAUUCAGUUUUAUUACUAAGAAAACCAUUUUGAUUGGUACAUGUUUACAGGAGGAUUUUUCGAUUUAUUUUAAGGUAAAGUGUUCAUAUAAAUAUGGAUUUUCAAUGGCUUCGUUUACGACAUGCAGGAAGUAAAAGAAAAAGAAUAAUAAUAAUAACGUCGUUUAUUAUAAAGCAAUAAGAUAAAGUACAAAUCAAUACAUAAAAGGCAAACAUUUACAAAGUAUUUUUCCAUGUUACUUAAGAAACAACAAAACGUGUAUGUAUAGUGGGUUCGAAACUAAAACAAGCAGUACAAGUACAAAUACAAUAAAACUAUAGUGAUAGAGAUUCUAUCUAGUGAUAGUCGAGUUAGAUUUACAAAUAAUUCUAACCUAAACAUAAUUUUACAAUUGUGAAAAGAGGCGAAGUCCAGAUGUAGAAAAGCUAUACAAAUAGGUUUAUCUACCCUGCUCUACUUAACGUUAGUUAUCCAUAGUAUUUUAAUUUAAGAGAAAAAUCUUACAAAACAAAUAAAUAUAUUAUCAAUAGUAUCAAUAGGGCAUAUAAGUAGUUGUACAAUUUAAUGAAAUGGAACAAAGAACAGACUAAUUUUAAAAUAGCAAAUAGAGAGGGGACAGAUUUAAAAAGUUUGAAGAAAAAAAAAUGGAAAUUUUAAAAGUUUUAUUACCGUGAAACGGGGUUAAAUUGAUUAUUUCGUUUGUAAAUUUGCUUGUAACUCUUUUGAUAACUGCGUAUCGAUAUUAAAAUUAAUGAUAAAUAAUUGUGUAUGGAUGCCGUAAAAGGAUUUUGCAAUCGUAUUUGCUCUAAAUUUAAGUUUGUUUAAAAAAAUGCCAAAAUAUAGUGUGAUCAAUUUCAUACCAAAAGGGGGGUGACUUUGAUCAGUGCCAUAUAAUUGUAUUCUUCUUGCAAUGCCUUAAAAUGCAUUAUGAACAAUUUAACCCCCGCGUUUAAAAGUUACAGAUAAUUCUAGGUUUUGGGGUGAAAUUGAUCAGUCAUAAAAUUCCACUAAAAAUAGUUUUUCUUCCAUCGACAGAUUUUAGUCCCAGAACUUCGAAUUCGUUUUCAUUGAAAUUUUGAACUGUAGCUAUGUAACGAUAGGUAACACUUUUUCGUAUGCCCCCCAACACUUUAACCAAUAAAAAUGUCCCAAUUUUGAUCUCACUUUGACUCACUUCCAAAUAUUCAAUGUCUUCGUUUUCCUGCAACUGGAUAAAUAGAUCGUCGGCGUUCAUGUCAUCGUCGGAAUUAUCAUUUGUUAUAGGCUCUUCAACGUUGCUGUCUGAACUGUUGGAAUCAUUUUGGGCUGUCACACAUUUUCCUGGCUGAACAUCAAGUUUUGUUCUCUUCUUAUUUCGUCUUGUUGGAGCAUUUGAAAAUCUCUGUUGUUGUAAGUAAUUUACCAACACGUUCUGCGCUUGGUCUUGAUUAAAAUCUUCUCUAGGCAGCUUGUCUAAUACUCGGUUUGGAUUUAAAGGGACUAUGUCACUUGCUUCAAAAGAAGAAAUAAGAUUUCGUUUAACCGCAUGAGGUAUUUUAUCUUUGGAUAGUUUACUAUCCAUUGUCACCAAGAUUUUUUGCAACAAAUGUGGGAAAUCCUUUUUGUCAAUUGAUGAAUGUGUCGGAUACGUAUUUUUCCAUUCUAGCAAGACUUCUCUCCAGGCCAUUUUAAAUGGCCUGAAAAACCCUACGUCCAACGGCUGACAUAAAUGUGUCGCGUUCUUUGGCAGGCAUACAAAUCCAAUGUUAUGUUCUUCACACAGUCUAAUAACUUCUUCUGUGAAAUGUGAGGCUAUUAAGUUAUCGCCUAUUAGAAUUUUUCGCUUUUGCUGUCUUUUGGCAUGUGGAAGAAACGCAGACUUAAACCAGUCAUUAAAAGUUUUGGCGUCCAUCCACCCAUGUGACGUUCGGUUGUAUCGUGAUCCAGCUGCACAGCAUCUAUCUAUGCAACAGGGUUCUAAUUUUUUCUAAACUUGUUCAGUCCACUGCGCCCAAAUUUUUUCUGCUCGAUAAAUUACAUAUGGUGGCAAAAGAACUGCUGCUGCAGAACCACACAUCAUCAUAAAAUUGCACACUCGUUCAGGUUAUUUUACUCCACGGGAAUAUAUUAGUUUUUUGCGCCCAGGGUCGUCAAGCAAAUUAGUUUCAUCAUAAUUAUAUACGUUGCACGACGGAAUACCAUUUAAAGCUGUUUUAAGGUUUUCAAAAUAUUCAGUUAAUGUUUGCCUGGAAACAUCAGCACGAGCCCUUUUAAUAUUAGCUGCAAGCUUUUGAGUUAUUACAUUGUUAUAUCUUUUUAACAGCGAAAAUACCCAAUCGGUACCGGGUAAAUUGUCCUUAAAUUUUGCCACUGAACGACCUUGCGUAUCUAGCAGGUUUUUUGCCAUAUGCCUUAAAUCUGUUAAAUUAAGAGGAAACCCCCAUUCGCCACAAAUAGCAACACAUUUAAGAAUUCGAAAAACUCAUCCAUUAUCCCAAAGAUGCUGGUCAUACACUUUUAUAAAAGGUAAAAAACACGAAAUCUACAGCAUCACAAAUACAUUUAAUAAAAUAACGAAGGUUACAUGUUUCGCUCGACUAGAGCAUCAUCAGACCAUAACAUACACAAAACACCUAAUAUUUUCUUAAAUAUUAAUAUUAAUUUCUUAAAAAUUAAAUAUUAUUUCCUUAAUAUUUUCUUAAAUAUUAGGUGUUUUGUGUAUGUUAUGGUCUGAUGAUGCUCUAGUCGAGCGAAACAUGUAACCUUCGUUAUAUUAUUAAAUGUAUUUGUGAUGCUGUAGAUUUCGUGUUUUUUACCUUUUAUAAAAACAUUUAAGAAUUGAUUGCUCUUCAUUGGAGCUAAAAACGGUUUGCCCGCCGUUACUUUUAACAUGACGCCCAUGGUAUCUAUUAUUUAAGGUCCCGUAAGAAAUCUUAAACCAUUUUGCUGCUUUGCGUAAACUCCACCCUUCAUUUAUGACCUUUUCUAACGCUUUUUCUAUGGACUCUUGACCGUAGUCUUUGUACCUUCGUGCCCCAACUUUUCUCUUAUAAACUCUCGGCAUUAUGGCAAUAUUCUAAAACAAAAAAUUUUAUUAUUACUAGUAGUACUAUACCCUUAAAAUUAUAUAAGCUUUACAAUCUGCUGAUCAAUUUCACUCCAUUCAGUUGAUCAAUUUGACCCCAUCCAAUAAAUCUUAAAAUUUGACAAAAUCCGGCAACGCGGCAAACUUCAUUUUGAGGUUAUAAAAAUACAAGAUAUUCAGGAUACUAAAUAUAUCACGCACAAUUUGCAUGUAUUUUUAAAUAGCAGUCAAAUUUUGGAAGGUUAUAUUUUUGUCUAAAUAUUACUUACAUGUUUGAGAGCCGCAAACUCCAAAAAAAAAACGUUUAACUGACAAAAAACAUGCAUAUGGAUCACUAGCUACACCAUUACUGAAUACGAUUUUUUACCGAACGGAAAAUUCGGCACUUAAUGUGCGCGGGAAAUUUAAAUGUAAAAUAUUUUGAUAUGGUGAUCAAAGUCGCCCCGCGAAAUCAAAUUCACCCCAUUUCACGGUAUAAGCAUAAUUUUUUGAUUUAAAGUCUCCUGCUGGAAAUACUAAUUAAAGAUUUUAUGUUUAAAGAUUCGUGGCUCCAAAAUCUUGAAACAGUCGGGAAUAGAAUUGUAAAGCUUUGAAUGUCUGAUAAAUAUGAAAAACUCUUCCAAAAAACCUAAAAAAUAUAAAAAUAACUUAAAUGCCUGGGAUUAAAUCAUAAAUGACUGUAAUUACACGAACAUUUAUUUCAGAUGUUUGAAAACCUGGAAAAUAGGAUCAAUUACCUGAUAUGUCUGAAAGGUAGAAAAAAUUGUUGUUAAGGCCUGAAAGACACUAAAAAUGAUCGUAAAAGCCUGGAAUAAAAAUAAAUUGAAGGAUAACACCUAAUAAUUAAUAUAUUGUAGGUACUGACUUCAAAUGUCCGGAAUAAAACUUAAAAUUACUUCAAAUCCUUGGAACGUAAUAACAAAUUAAUAAGAUAGGAAAAUUGUAAAUAAAUUACGUCAAAGUCGUCUCAAACGCUAAAACAAAAUCCUUUAAAUAUUUUGAAUAACGUUGAAAAUUAAUUCAAAUUGCUGGACAAAUUUAAAGUCUGGAAGAAAAUUAUUUUAAAAACUUGAAAGAGCCUUAAAGGGCUAAAGAGUCUGCAAGAAGGUAGACAAAAAUAGUCCAAAUGCCUAGAGCACAUAAAUUUACAUAAAUUACUUUGGAAGACUGAAAAAUAAGAAAAAUGUGGGCAAAACCCUGGAAAUCGUGAAAAAAACCUUAAAUCAUUUUAAUACAAUCAGAAAUGACCUUAAUUAAGUACUUGGUACAAAAGCAAAAUCAUCUGAAAGGUAACAAAAAAAUUAUUGUUAAGAUCUGGAUGACAUUAAAAAUUAUCGCAAAAGCCUGGAUUAAAAAUAACAGUCCUAUGGUUGGAACCUUUGGUCUGACACUCAAAUGGCAAAACCGUUUUACCACUAACCAAAACUAUUUAUUUUAUUCUCGACACGUGUUUCGCUGACGAAGUUAGCAUCUUCGGGAUUAAAUUCAGACUAAAAUUAGAUAUGCUGAAAACCACCUGCAGACCCGAACAAAGAAUCCAAAAUACUAAAUUCACAUUUUCCCGAAUAUUAUUUAAAAUAUUUGGUCAAAAUAAUGAAAACUUUUUCCGAUAUUUAUAUGAACUUUAUCUGAAUACCACCCUGUACAUUAAAAAUUAAAACUUUCCCGCCAAAAUCCUAAAAACCAAUUUUUUUCUCUUGAUUAUAUCAGUAUAACUCUCACAUUGUGUAUACUAGUGUAUCUUUUAUUAUUAGUGUUUAAGUUACAUGUUUUCGGAUGAUUUAUCCGAUAAAACACUUUGUUAAUAAGUUGUAGAUAAUAAUAAUUUAAAAAAAACUAUAUUAUAUAGACUGAACGUCCGCAUGAAAAGCACCCAGAAAUUUUAUCCUAUUGAGGAAUUGUCUUAUUUUUAAAACAAUAUAAUUGUAAAUUAAAAAUAUAUUAAUAAGUAAUCUCAGAGGAGAGUUUAAUAAUGCCUUGAAUUGUAUAAAAGCCUCUACAUUAAUUAUAUAUAUUGUUUACACAUAUUCGGCGUAUAAGUAAAAAAUUUGACUUUAUUUGGUAGGCCCCGAUAUAUUUGUAAAUACUAAUCAGUGUAUACUCUUACACAGUACGAUUUUAUUAGGCAUUUAUUUUAUGCUUUAUAUCCGAAUGUACAACCAUACUAAUACAAAAUACAUAAUUUUGUCUUUUUUUUUCUUUAA